AUGCAGAAAAUUGUCGAAAAUCUCAGAGAACGCCACGAUGAACUCAAUAAUAGAAAAACGUUGAGAAAAGUAAGAUCCUUAGAUUUUGUGUUGCAUUAUGCGAAAAUGAUGGGUAAAAUUAUCAUAAAUCCUACUGUUAACCGUCCAAAGAUUGUCAUAGAUCGGCAAUUAGGGAAGAGAAAGAGAGUGGCGCGAUCGGGGAAGAGAAACAAAGCGGCGAUCGACAAUCUAAUGAAGCUAAUAAUAAUACUUGCCGUUCUUUUCACCUCGGUUACUCUCGCCGUGGCACAAAACUGCGGUUGUGCCCCUGGACUUUGCUGUAGCCAAUUCGGUUUCUGUGGCACCGACAACCAAUACUGUGGACGUGGUUGUCGGGCCGGUCCCUGUACUUCAGGGUCCGGAGGCGGAAGCUCAUCGCUCGCCUCGGUUGUGACUCAGUCGUUUUUCAACAGCAUAAUAAAUCAAGCAUCGGGGACUUGUGCUGGCAAGAGGUUUUACACUAGAUCAGCGUUACUCAACGCUGCUGGCUCCUCUAAGUUCCCUUCCGGUUCUGGCGACGAUGCUAAACGCGAAAUCGCUGCUUUUUUCGCUCACGCCACACACGAAAGUGGACAUUUUUGCUUCAUUGAAGAGAUAAAUGGGGCGUCAAGAGACUAUUGUGACAGAAAUAACCGACAAUAUCCAUGCAACCCUAGCAAAAAGUACUUCGGUCGGGGACCUCUUCAACUGACUUGGAACUAUAACUAUGGUGCAGCCGGGAAAAGCGUGGGGUUUGACGGCUUAAACAAUCCCGAGAUAGUUUCGAAUAAUCCAGACGUGUCCUUCAAGGCGUCGCUUUGGUUUUGGACCACCAAUGUUCAGUCUCGUUUUAGAUCGGGAGGGUUUGGUGACUCCAUCCGAGCUAUAAAUAGCAUGGAGUGUAAUGGGAGGAGUCCUAAUCUGGUAGCUGCCCGUGUUCGUUACUACACAGAUUAUUGUAGAAGAUUCGGUGUCUCCCCUGGCAACAAUCUCAGUUGUUGAUCCAACAAGUGUUCAGAUAUUU